AUGGCGCUUCUUCGCAGAGCCAUCACGAAGCGUCUCAUUGACGGUUAUGGAACACAACACACGACUUUCAGACAAGUUUCAAACACCAAGAUCCUGCGUCACUACAUGACCACGUCCAAUCUUACAGACCGGAUCGGUGUCCGAAUCGAGUCCGUUGCUCCUCCUCCGAGGCGAGAGGAAACGACGACUGUGAAGGGUUUAACAGUGAGCGAGACGAGGAAGUUGUUAAGGAUUUAUCAAAUGGAGAAAGUGAAAGAGAGACUCAGAGAGAUUUCGAAGAGCUCUGUUUCGUAUUGGGAAUUUGUUCAGAUCUGUUGUGAGAGUUGUGGAAACGACGAGCAAGGUUCUUUCAUGGCUAAAUCUUUGGAUCAUUCUGGAUGUGUCGUCGUUUUGGGAAACAUCGUUUUCCUUCAUCCUCAUCAGAUAGUCAAGUCGAUGGAAGCAAUGAUCAACCAAACAACAACACUCCCAAACGAUCCAAGGAAAGAAGAGUUGGUUCAGCUUGAGAUCACAAAGAAGUGUAUUGACAUUAAGGCACGACGCAUAGUCAAGAACGAGUUAUAUUGCGGUCUCGGGUUCUUAGCUGCUCAAACCAUUGGCUUUAUGCGUCUAACCUUUUGGGAACUAAGCUGGGACGUAAUGGAACCAAUCUGUUUCUUUGUCACAUCCCUUCAUUUCAUUGCCGGUUACUGUUUUUUCCUUAAGACUUCUACAGAACCAUCAUUCGAAGGAUUUUAUCAACAACGGUUCAAGGCCAAACAGAAAAAGCUUAUGGAAAGCCACGGGUUUGAUUUUUUGAGGUACACUCAGCUCAAGUCCUUGUUCACUCCGCUACCGAGUAAAUCUCAUGUUUCACCGGUCUAA